AUGAACACCUGUGGGAGUAGUGGUUUGCCAGGUCUGUCUCCUAACAGGGCAUUUGGAACCACUGAGUUGAGCCCAGAUCAUGUAAGACGAGAGGACAGCAGCGACAGACCUGGCAUCUCCUCCUACGUUCUCAGCAAAGGCAAACUGCAGGGUCGUGUCAGCGCUGCCCCGAAGGUGCCCAGCGGCCGGAGGAGACACCGCUGCGGGCCCGGGGGCGAAGGCGCCCGGGGGCGGCGGCGGCGCAGCCCCAACCCGGCCCCCCCGGAGUCGGCGCCGGGCGCCGUGACUUGUGGCUCGGUGCUGAAACUGCUCAACACCCGGCACAGCGUGCGGCUCCACUCGCACGAGGUCAAGUACGGCUCCGGAAGUGGGCAGCAGUCAGUGACAGGAGUUGAAGCUUCAGAUGAUGCCAACAGCUACUGGCGGAUCCGCGGGAAGAGUGACAGCAGUUGCCAGCGUGGGACACCAGUGAAAUGUGGGCAAGCCAUACGACUUACCCACGUUAACACUGGGAAAAAUCUGCACACUCAUCAUUUCCCAUCACCACUCUCCAAUAACCAAGAAGUAAGUGCCUUUGGGGAUGAUGGCGAAGGAGAUGACCUGGAUUUCUGGAUUGUUCAGUGCAGUGGGACUUACUGGGAGCGGGAGGAUGCCGUGCGCUUCAAGCACGUGGGGACUGAGGUGUUCCUGUCCAUCACGGGGGAGCAGUACGGUCACCCCAUUAGAGGCCAGAGGGAAGUUCAUGGCAUGACUGCUGCCAACCACCACAACUAUUGGAAGGCCAUGGAGGGAGUCUUCAUCAAACCCAGUCUGGACCCUGCAAAACAUGAUGAGCUCUGAAUUGACACAGGAUCCAAAAUGCUUCGUUUGACUCCGGUAUUUGGAGAUGCUAAUCCUUGGUCUCUUCUAAGUCCUGCCUUGCCUGAGUGACUGACUUUCUGUAUUACUGAAGGGCAUUAGUUCAUUCUAGGAAUUCAGCACUUCUGUGGGGAACGGCUUCUGCCACGUUCAGCCACUGACAUUUAUUUGGUGAAAUCCUUUCUGAACUUCCAAGCUUUAUUGGUGAAACUAGUUCAUACAUCUGUUAGGUUUUGUUGUCAUUUGUUUGCUUGUUACUUUUUCUUGAUUUCAAAGGAAAUGAAAAAAUGAAAGUAAUACUUUUCUCUAGUCUCAAGAACAAUAAAAUGUUGUAUUUUGUAAUCUUCCCAAUUA